UAUAUCUAUAUCUUACUAUAUGACAUGAAAAGUGAUUGCAUAAUUUGCAUUAGUACUUCACGCUCGAGAGACAAUUUUACGUGGAAAAAAAUGUGAUAUUGUUCUUCAACAGACAUGGUUCGGGAUAUCGCGUGUAUCAAAGAUUGAAUUGUAAGAAGAAUAUCCAUACCUAAAGUGCCUAGCACUGAUGCCCUUCAACAACUCGGUCAUUUUGCCACCUUAAAGAAGUGUUCGUUAGGACUUCUCCACAUAAGCAAUACUUCAUUAAUGGCAACUAUGAUAAAAAUAGCCACCAAACAAGAUGUUCUUUUGGUUUUUUCAUGAUUGGCAUCUUCAUUGAUUUCUUGUCUUUUCUCCAUGCCAUGAUCCUUACAAGCUGUUAUUGUUUGUACCUUAGGAUGGAGUGCUAAAAAGCGAAAUAACAGGAAGUACUUCAUCAUCCCUUUCUUGGUUGACAAAGUGCUUAGUGCCUUUAUUUAUGGCAACUUCCAUCAGCGGCCGGCAUAUCAUACUUCAAUCCUUAUUAAUAUAAAAAGAUGGCAUUCAGUUCAAUGAUUAGAUGAAACUUCAGUUUAGGGUUAUUUAUAUGUUUGAAUUUUAUAUAGGAGUAUAGUCGGAUUGAACCAAACUAUCCGGCCCUAGCCUCUAAAUGUCAUCUUCCAUAAGUCAACUAAUUGCAUAACAAAAUCAGCGUCAUGGAUUUCUAUUUAAGCAGCUUUAAAUGAACGGAAGGCAACGCAGAAUAGGGUAGAAGCUAUAGAAAUGGAAGCCAAGAUAGAUAUAAUAUCUAGGGAGUUGAUAAAACCAUCACGUCCAACUCCAAUUGACAGGAGGGGAUUUCCAUUGUCUCUCCUGGAUCAAUCUGAACCGCCUGCUUUUAUCCCUAUUCUUUUCUUGUACCAAAAACAGCUACCUAACUCAAAAAUCGAUCUUGAUCCGUCCAAAAGGACCCUGCAUUUAAAACAAUCUUUAUCAGAAUGUUUGUCAGAGUUCUACCCUUUAGCAGGAAAGCUGAGGCCGGAUGAUGAGCUUUCUGUUGAUUGUGAUGAUUCUGGAGUUCUGUUCGUGGAAGCUGAGGUUAAUGUUAGCCUCGCAGAAGCAGUGAACAAUGCACCUUUUGAAAGUUUUGGACAAUACUUGCCAUUUGAUCCAUAUAUAAAUGAAGGAAAUGAUGAUGAAGCACUAUUGGCAAUCCAAAUCACUUGGUUUGGAUGCGGAGGCUGUGCCAUUGGGGUAUGCCUUUUCCACAGAGUAGCUGACCUGAUAUCGUUGAUAACGUUCAUGAAUUCAUGGGCUUCUGAAAAUCGCGGCGACAGUACCAAAUCAUCAAUGAAGUUGACACCGAAUUUCGACUUAGGGAGGCAGCUUUUUCCUAUGCCGGAAUUCCCCAUUAUUUUGCCUCCUGUUGCAUUGAAGGAAGGAAAGAAAGUGUGCAAGCGGUUUAUAUUCAACAAGGAAAAGUUGACAGAACUGAAAGAACUCGCCAUUUCCUCACCAUCAUCAUCAUCGCUGAUGAAGAAUCCUACCCGGGUUGAAGUUGUUACUGCUUUCAUAUGGAAGCAAUUGAUUAAAUUGGAGCAGGCUAAAAACCGGGGCACUGCUAAUAAGGAAACAACAUCCAGGAUCUGGCAUGUGGUGAACUUGAGAAGCAGAAUAAGCAGCUUGGUGGCCUUACCUAGUGAUGAGUUUCCUUUUGGAAAUCAUAUAAUUCUUGGACCUGCUUCAUUCACUUCCAGUAAGAAUCAGGAUGAGACAGAUGAUGAUUAUGGCGAUCUAGUUCCCCUAACGAGCAAUGCAAUACGGACAAUCAACGAGGACUAUGUUCUCAAUCGUGCAGUUCCUCUCAUGAGAGGCUUGCUGAAUAGUAGUGUGACGGAGCAAUUAAAUCAUCAGAAAACGAUGGCGAGUGAUUGGUUGUUCAGCAGUUGGUGCAGAUUUCCGAUUUACGAAGUGGACUUUGGUUGGGGAAAACCUGUUUCAGUCGGCCCUGUUGGUACACCAGGCUUCAAUGUGGUUGCCUUAAAGAGCACAAGGAAUGAGGAAGGAAUAGAAGCUUGGAUUUCUAUGUUGGAAGCAGAGUUCGCUUUGCUUCCUGAUGAGUUUCUUUCACUCGCAGCUGCCGAUUAUUUUCAUGCGUAAACUGAUGUUCAAUUGUUCAUCCAAGGACAAAUUUUGAUUCUGUUCUGUAAUGUUAUGUUAUCGGGUUCAUGUUUCGCAAGCUCAUUUUGUAUUACUUGUAGCUUUAUACGAAGCUGCAUUGUGUGUUUGGCGAAGAAUUUAAUCAGGUGAAGCACUACAUGUUACUACAUCUGAUCAGUUUUUUUGUCUCUUCAUCUUUUCGGAUUUUCCAAGUUCAUCAGACCGAGAAAUCAAUCAUUACCAA